AGGUAGUCACCCUUUUUCCAAUUGCAUGAACGCCACACGUUGAAUCAAUCUCCAUUCUACUUUCUCGUUUUAUGUAAGUUGAUGUAUUAUUUCUCUUUUGUUUUUAGACAAUUAAUAUAUGAAAGAACUUCCAAAAACCCAUGCCAUUUCCAUGAUUUCAGUACCUUUAGAACUCUUCCAUUUUCCUUCAUUAUGACUUGGAUUGAAUUACAUUUUUCUCUGGAAAAGAAGGGUUUCUGUUUUUUUUUUUAGUUGAAGAGAGAGUAUAUAAUCAUGGUACAAUGAUGAUUAUUUGUUUUAGACCUGAAUAUUGUUAUAUAGUUAAGCAUUUCAAUGAAAUAGCCAUAGCAAUAGGAUGAUGACACAAAGCUUGAACCCAACCAACCAAAAGGGGAAAAAGUUCUCAGCAAAAAAUGAAGGUGUUAUAGUGUUUGAAUCAUACAGCCCAGGAAUUGGCGUUGGAAUUGUAAAUUUAUAUAAAAAGAGGCAAUUUUUGUAUUGGAUUUUAGAAGAAAAUAUAUUGGAAAGGUUACAGAUUUUGAGGAUCAAGGGGAAAUAAAAGGGGAAUUCCAUUUAUCUUGGUAUAAUUUUAGAGGAAUAAGGAAUGAACUUGUUUCUUGUUAGACAUGGAUGACAAACUAAUGGAGGAGAGAUUUGUAUGUAUUUGGUGAAAAGAGCAAAUGUAAGAUGAGAUAAGAGAGUGUUUAGAGAUGGAAACCAAGGAAGAAGCUGAAGGAAAUGAAGAUUAUCCACCAUCACCCUCUUGGGAAUUAAACCAUCUUUUUGAGGUGGAGGAGGAGGAGGAUGUCAAAGGGGAUAUUGGAGUAGCACAAAAUCCUGAGCCCUCAGGGAGUUCGAAUUAUUCACGGUUGCCGCCGUUGGGGCAUAGGCGCACUCAGAGCGAUGUUCUAAAUGCAGCACAUCGCCGUAACAAUAGUUUCCAGAGAUUGAAAACAUCUAUGCAGAAAGCUUUGCGAUGGGGUGGCAAUUCGAGGGAUGACAGGUUCCGUUCAAGCUUCAAUCCUGAGGUUCUGGCAAACCAGAAACGCCAGUGGUAUCAACUCCACUCCAAAACUAUGGAUAAGUUUAGAUAUGAGCAGCCGACUUCAAUCUUUGAGCACUUCAUUAUUGCUGGGGUUCAUCCAGAUACUGAUCUUGGGACAGUGGAGGAAGCCUUUGCUAAGAGGAAGAAGUGGGAAACAGAUAUGAAAAGAUCUGGGAUGAUAGAUGUUAAAAUGCUGCAGAAUCAUGGACCUCCACUUCCAAUAUUUGAACCGCAGAUACUUUUUAGAUACCCUCCUGGGAAGAGGUUAGCUAUGCGUUUGAAGGACUUAGCCACCUUUUGUUUUCCUGGAGGUGUUAAGGCACGAUUGCUGGAAAGAACUCCGUCAUUUAGCGAGCUAAAUGAGCUUCUUUAUGGACAGGAGCAUUUAAGCAGAGAUGAUUUCGCAUUUAUUUUUUCACUCAAGGUGGCAGGCAAUGCUACGGUUUAUGGCGUUUGCUUGCAUGUACCAGAACUUGUACAAAGACAGCCUGGUAAUUUAGGUGGUUCAUCACGCCUUUCUUCAAUUGCAGGAUCAAGCAGACAGUAUAUGGUUUCUGCACCUCGAUGCUAUUGUUUGCUAACUAGAGUGCCUUUCUUUGAGUUGCAUUAUGAGAUGUUGAACAGUAUCAUUGCACAGGAGCGCCUGAAUCGAAUAACCGAAGUUGUUAGUGAAACGAAUCCAUCUCUUGAUGAUCUUGCACCGUCUUCCUCGAAACAAGAUGAUCAAAUAAAUGAUAACACCGUCACCAGCACUCCCAACAGCGAGUAUGUUAAUGAGUGGAUGGCUUCUGCAUUACCUGUUAACAGCACUGUAGUUCUUAGUAGUGACACUGCUGCCAAUGAUGAGGUUUCAUCUGCUUCAUUAAAGAUAAGUUCACCAUUGUCAUCUGGAAGUGUAGCUGCGAGUGAUGCUUCGGAUUGGGGUCAUGUUAGGGAAAUAGAGAAGGAUGUUAGGAAGGGUGUGCUAUAUAUUGAUGAUAAUGCAUCUGAAGCCUCAGAAAUUCGUUGCAGUGUUUUGGAAAGAAUAAAUGGCACCCAUGAAAAUGGACAAAUUUCUCCAGAUAUUGGAUCAGUUUUCAGCUUGCGGAGUCGUACUUCUUCUCAAUCACUAUUCAGUCCAGCUAGAAGCCUGACAUCAGAGGAUGAUGAAGAGGAGGAUGACCUUUUCUGGAAUAAUGAAAAAGAAUAUGGAGAUGACUUGAUAAUGGAAUGGGCUAAGGAAAACAAAAAUGAUCUGCUACAGAUAGUUUGCAGUUAUCAUGCUUUAGCUCUUCCACAACGAGGAAGUGAAAUAGUUUUUCAGCCUCUUGAGCAUUUACAGGCUAUCGAGUAUGUGAGACCUCCGAUAUCAGCCCUUGCCAUGGAUGAAAGCUUUUUUUAUUCAAUGGAACCUUCUGAGAUCAAUGCGAAGUUCGCAGCAGCUGAGGAAGCUCUUGCACUUUCAGUAUGGACAACUGCAACGAUUUGCCGAGUUCUCUCUCUCGAUGGUAUUUUGGCAGUGAUUGCAGGAGUGUUAUUGGAAAAACAGGUCGUAGUCGUUUGCCCGAACCUGGGUGUUCUAUCGGCCGUGGUGUUAUCCCUUAUUCCUAUCAUUCGUCCGUUUCAGUGGCAGAGCUUAUUGCUUCCAGUACUGCCUAUGAGGAUGCUUGAUUUUCUUGAUGCACCUGUUCCAUUUCUUGUUGGCGUACAAGAUAAACCAGCUGAUUUGAAAAUGAAAUCAACAUCCAAUCUUGUUCAAGUUAAUUUGCCCAAGAAACAGGUGAAAACAUGUUACGUGCCGCAACUUCCUCAACGGAAAGAGCUUGUAUCAGAACUAGGGCCGAUACAUUCCACACUUGCCUUUGAAGGUUCAAUUGCUAAGAAGCAUCCUACAUAUAGGUGCAAUGAAGUGCAGGCUGAAGCUGCAAUCCAGUUUUUGGCAAUCAUGAGGGACUACCUAGAGUCAAUCUGUGCAAAUCUGAGGUCUCAUACAAUUACUAGUGUACAAUCAGACCAGGACAGGGUUUCCUUGUUACUUAAAGAUAGCUUUAUCGAUUCUUUUCCGAUUAAGGACCGGCCAUUUAUUAAGCUAUUUGUAGACACACAACUAUUCACCGUUCUAUCAGAUUCUCGUUUGUCAAGAUAUGAGAAUGAGCACUAACUUAAACCCCCCCACUAACAGGUAUGUUGGCAUCAGGUGAAAUUUCCUAGGUGCAAAAAGCUCCAUCAGCUAUAAAAAAAGAAAAGAAAAAAAAGAAAUGCACUUUAUAAAGCCUGAAAGUGAUGGUAUCUGAAACUAUAUUGGUACUGACACUAAGCCAUGUCAAAUGACAAUGGCUGCUGCAGAGGAAGAGCCAUAAAAUGUGAACUCACUUGCAGCAAACGAUUGGGAAAAAAAUGAAUUUUGUAACAUAUAAUGAAAAUAAUAAUAAUAAUU